GACUCCACCAAGUCCCCCUCUCCUUCCCCGAGGCGCGCGCCAAAACUGAACCGACCCAACUAACUUCCCUUCAAAAUCUCUACCGCGAUCCUUCCUUCCCGCGUUAAAUAGAUCCCGGGCGGAGAGAGCGAAAGAGGGAGAGGGAAAGAGGCAUCAUGGAGGCCGAGACGACAACGACGACGACGCCCUUCGGCUUCGAGUCAGGCGACGCGGCGGCGUUCGUGCUGUCCCGCACGGCGGACGCGGCGGAGGCCGGCGACCGCGCCGCGUUCGUCGACGCCGCCACGGGCCGGGAGAUCACGUUCGCGGGCCUCCGCCGCGCGGCGCUCUCGCUCGCCGCCGGCCUGCGCCUCGGGCUCGGGCUCCGCCGCGGCGACGCCGUCCUCCUCGUGCUGGACGAGGCCGGCGGCGACCAGCUCCUCGUCCCGCCGAUCAUCCUCGGCGUGCUCGCGGCCGGCGGCGUCGUCGUGGUCGCCGCCGCGGAUGCCGCCGUGGCGCACGGGUCGGGGGCGGCCAUGGUCGUGGCCGCGCCGGAGGCGGGGAAGAAGGUGGCAGCCGCCGUGGGCGCGCCGCUCCUGCUCAUAUCCCAGUCGCCCGACCCGCGCACGCUCUCGGCCGAGGAGCUCAUGGACGGCGGCGACCCGACGGCGCUCGUCCAUGACGCGGCCGCUGCUCCAUGGGACGUGGCGAUCGUGGUGCAUUCGUCGGCGAGCAAGACGAAGAAGGCGGUGCUCACGCACGCUGACCUCAUCGCCGCCAUGGCCGGAAGCUCGCCGGGCGAAGGGCGUGUCUGCCUGGCUUGUCUCCCAACGUGGGGCGCCGGCACCGGCGUCCCUGGCGUGCUGCCGCUGCUGGCCCUCGGGCUCCCUGCUGCCGGAGUGACCACGGUGCUCGUGCCGCCGGUCUCCGAUCUGCGGGAGGCGGUGGCCGUCCAUGGCGCCACCGACGUCGUGGCGACGCCCGAGGCGGCUGCAGCGCUCGUGGCUCCCAUGGCGUCGCAGGGGAAGCUCGCCACGCUUAGGAGGGUGACGCUGGUGGCGCAGGCACCGCUCGCCGAGGAAGCGUCGAAGGCAUUUCGCCGUAGGCUGGCAUGGGUCGAGGUGACGGAGAUGUUCGACGCGCCGGAGAUGGGAACAGAGGUGAAGUCGGAGGAACAGCAGCAGGUGGUGGCUCCUGCAGAGCUGGGACCUCUGCUGCUGGUGCAACCUGAAGCUCCAGCAACAGCUGCAGCCAUACAGCAGAAUAGCAAAAAGACAGAUCAAAUGGCAGCGACAAACGAAGCUACCUCUCUGGUGCCGCCACUUAAGAAGAUCCAAAAGAGUGUCUUCGGAGACAUUUUGACAAAAUCAAUCACGGCGAAGAUCUUGAGGAGGCACCCAGUAGCCUGCGACAAACAAGCCGUCUCAAAACUGUAGCAGCUUUGGUUGCAUCAUCCGCUGUUGGAUAGC